AUGACCGAGGCGGCGCUGGUGGAGGGCCAGGUCAAGCUGCGGGACGGCAAGAAGUGGAAGAGUAGGUGGCUGGUGCUGCGCAAGCCGUCGCCGGUGGCAGACUGCCUGCUGAUGCUGGCCUACAAGGACAGGUCAGAGCGAGCCAGAGGGAUGCGGGAGCGCAGCAGCCUCGCGCUGGAGGACAUCUGCGGCCUGGAGCCCGGCCUGCCCUACGAGGGCCUGGCCCACACGCUGGCCAUCGUCUGCCUGUCGCAGGCCAUCAUGCUGGGCUUCGACAGCCGGGAGGCCAUGUGCGCCUGGGACGCCCGGAUCCGCCACGCGCUGGGUGAGGUGCACAGGUUCCACGUGACCGUGGCUCCCGGCACCAAGCUGGAGAGCGGACCCGCCACCCUGCACCUCUGCAAUGACAUCCUCGUCGUGGCCAGGGACGUCCCUCCGGCCGUCACGGGGCAGUGGAAGCUGUCGGACCUCCGGCGCUAUGGGGCCGUGCCCAGCGGGUUCAUCUUUGAAGGAGGGACCAGGUGUGGGUACUGGGCUGGGGUCUUCUUCCUGUCCUCGGCCGAGGGAGAGCAGAUCAGUUUCCUGUUCGACUGCAUUGUCCGCGGCAUCUCCCCGACCAAGGGCCCCUUUGGGCUGCGGCCUGUUCUCCCAGACCUGAGCCCCGGGGGCCCUGCCGUGGAGGAGCGAGUGGCCCAGGAGGCCCUGGAAACCCUGCAGCUGGAGAAGCGGCUCAGCCUCCUCUCCCACUCCGGCUGGCCGGGCAGCGCAGGGGACGACCGCAGCCUGUCCAGCUCGUCGUCAGAGGCCAGCCACUCGGACGUCAGCGCCAGCAGCCGGCUCGCGCCGUGGCCAGAGCCGUCCCCGUCCUCGGCGGGCGCGUCACCGGAGGGUCUCGGGCUGGCGGCCGCCCAGGCCCCCGGGGAGGCCGCAGCGGGUGCCUCGAGGGCACCCCCCAGGCCGCUGCGGCCACGGCAGCUGCAGGAGGUCGGCCGCCAGAGCUCCUCGGACAGCGGCAUCGCCACGGGCAGCCACUCCUCCUACUCGGGCAGCUUCUCGUCCUUCGCAGGCAGCAGCCUGGACGUGUGGCGCGGGGCCGACGAGCUGGGCUCCCUGCUCAGCCUGCCGGGAGGCGGGGCGCCCGAGCGCAGCCUGUGCGCCUGCGCCCCCGGGGCGGCCGAGUACCAGGUGCCCGCCGCGCCGCGGCCCCACUACGACACGCCCCGCAGCCUGCGCCAGGCGGCCCGGGACCAGCCCCCCGCCACACAGGGCAGCGCCAGCGACGGAGCCGCCGGGGACUCGGGCGGCCGGCCAUCGGGGGGGUGUCCCUCCGGCUGGCUGGGCGAGCGACGGCGGGGACAGGCGACAGAGGCCCCGUCGGGGCCAGGCGAGCCCUGGGAAGCGGGCGCCCCCCACGCGGGGCCCCCUCCAGCUCUCUUUUCCGCGUGUCCCGUCUGCGGAGGACUGAAGGGAGCUGCUGCCUCACCCCCUGGGCUCCCGGUGAUGCACUCAGGCUCCCCAGGCCCUGGAGAGGAGGAGGCCCCUCUCCCCGCAGGACCCGAGAGGCCGUGCAGUGAGGCGCCCACAUAUGUGAACGUCCCCGCCAGCCCUUCCCCCACGAAGCAGCUGCACUACUUAGGCCUGCAGCUCCAGGAGGCCGGCGCGGGCAUCCGAGGGGCCGGUGCUUCCCGCUACGCGCAGAUCGACAUCGUGUCCACAGAGGCGGCGCACAGGGCGGGGGCCCGGCACGCGCAGGCCCGGGAGGAGCGGCUGCCGGCGCUGGAGCAGAGGCGGAAGGGGACCCCGCGGUGA